UAGCCAAUUGUGUUCUCUCUGCCGAUUUCCAUACGUCCGUCCAAUGCGUCCAUCCCUUCGAGCAGAAACCAGAUCGAGCGUGGAACCAUCUUGAAUCAACGGCGAACAACCGAUCAAGGUCGGGGCUCGAGGACCAGCUUGACAGCAGGAGGAAAACCACUUCACCGAGUGCCCACUACCCUACAAUUGUCCUUCUCUCUCUCUCUCUCUCUCUCUCUCUCUCUCUCUCUCUCUCUCUCUCUCUCUCUCUCUGUGUUCGAACCGACCCUCGAAGAGAGGAGGACAACGACAUCCACCCCUCCAGAAGAGAUUUAGGACGAUGGCGAAGAAGGCCAAUUCUUCCGUGUCCUACUCGGGGUCCUGCCUGUCUAGUAGCCUUGUCGUCUACUUGACGACGACGGCGGCAUUGAUGAUGAUGACGGUGAUGCCAGCUAUGGUGGCCGGCGCCAUCCCCGAGCGGACAACACAGGACCAUCUCGUUAGAGCGGUGACGUCAACAUGUUCUGCGGUGGUGAUGUCGGACGUGGUGUUGACGUCCAGCCUUCCGGAUGUGAACACGACGGCUUGUCCGGAGGUGAAGAUCGUCGGUGCGUGCGGACGGCGCCGGUGCAAGAUCGACGGCGCAGACAAGUACGCCUUCAUUCGAUCUCCAAGCACCAUUCGCCUAGAGAACCUGCAUAUCACAAGAAUGCGAUGCUCUGGAAACAACAAUGCUCCUGUGGUAUUUAUGCCCCGCUCGCUUUACAUGACCAACUGCCUUGUCUCUACCAAUGUCAAUCCGGACGACACAGGUGCAAUCACCACAGAGGAAGGUAGUUUAGACAUUCAAUCUACCACCUUUGAGUACAACACAGGAGGAACUGGUGGGGGUGCUAUUCGCCUAGACUCCUUUGCAACUCUCAAGGCAACCAACGUGAUCUUUCGAGACAACAAAGGCGUGGAAGGAGGGGCAAUCAAGAACGUGGAGAGUGACAUACAGUGCGAUCGAUGCCAGUUUCUUAACAACGAAGCUGGCGAUGGCGGUGCCGUUUACCUAAGGGAUAACGGCGGAACGGAGGCGACUUUCACGAACACAGUAUUCCGCGGCAACCGUGCUACAAAGGUGGGAGGACUGGGAGGUGCUGUCUUCAUUGAUAACAUCGACCCAGGGGUUAAGUUCUGCUACAGCACGUUCGAACAGAACACACCUGAGAACGUGUACGUCGGGAUAGCACCUGGCGACAAUGGCCGUGUCAUUUUCUGCCCAAGUACGCCAACCGCGGUGAUGAUCAACCCAGGAUCGGAACCGUUAGUGACCGUUAAUUGCGCUGUUUGUUAGUGUAUACGAAAAGGAAGAAUUUGUGGACGGAAUCUGGUUCGAACAGCGGUCAGGUACAUGGUGCAACGUUCUAGUUUCGGAACGCAACGCAAUUAGA